UCUGAUAACCGCACAGCUUCGAGCCAACCACAACCUGCAUAUUAACCCGCUUCAUUUUACACGGCUCGCCCUAGAAACGUGACCUGCCACGAGGACAUAUACAUACGCUCGCCUGCUCAAUCAACAAGUCUUCUUACCACUAGUACAUGUCAUUCGCGGGCACGCCACUAGGUCAAGGUCGUCGUCUUGAUCAUAACGCUUUUCUCAACAAGAACACACAACCACAUAACAACCGCCACAAUACAAGGACAUUUCAAAAACCGCAUAGUCCAACACGCUCGAUUCCGACCUCUUACGCCUACGGCGCGCCCCCCACAGGUACUCGAUCCUUUCCCAAGCCUGCUCCGGGUCGCUCCUUACACUCCUCCCUCCCAGAUCGCGACGCCGACGAGCCCGCCCUCGUGCGCUACGCCAGAGCAAAGCAAGAACAAGUCAACGCACGCAAACUGAAUCCCGAACAUUGGAGUGUCCGAGACACCUCGGUCAACGUCGCAGCCGCGUUCCAACAAGCCGCAUCGACGUCACACAAUAUGCAGGGCCCACCGCCGCCGACGACCAACACGAACAGCCACGCCAACUCCGUCUGGGCCUCGGGCUCGCAGCCGGGCCGUAACCUGCCGCGGAGCACGUCCGUCGAGUACGAAAAGGAGUCGCACCAGAUGCUCAACCGCCGGCUCGCCGCCCCACCGCCCAAGCGCAGCACCGUGCGCAGGCCGCUGUCUAAGCAGGGAUCGGGACACUCGCAUAUCUCUGAGUCGGAGGAUGAGCACGGGCGCUCCAGCGCGCCCAAUGGGCGAGGCAAGAGCCCGCUCUCCACAGUCUUAGACGUGUCUAAGCGCGCCCUUGAUGCCGCCUCGUUUUACCUCCGUCAACGCUCAACUGAGCCCGAAAAUACUUCCGGGCGCUCGAAUGGGCGCGUGGUCGGGGACGACUCCAACUCGAGUUAUGAUUACGCCUCGGAAGAGCGCACGUUCCAGGACCUGCUUUCGAAGCAGGGCGGCGACAUGUCGCAAGAGAGCGCGAAGAGGCAGGCUGCUGCCGCCCAGAGGCGGAGCAAGAUGUCGAUCGACAAUAUGGCGUAUCGGCCUGAGUCCGAGGAGGAGUAUUCGGACGACGAUAACAAUUCAGAUGGCGAAGGCCGAAAGCGCAGGCGAAUGACUAAGAAGAAAGAUAUUGGAACAGGAUUCCUUACCACCCUGCCAGUGGCAGGAUAUGGCAAACGGAGGAAGAGAAAGUCAAAGGGAGGGAACGAAAAUGUUGAAGAAGGUGAAGAAGAGGAAGAACGUGGGAGUGAGGAGGUCGUUGAGCAGCAAAGAGCUGGUUCGCGACCUCCAAAUUCUCGCGGGUCGACCCAGCCAAUUGCGAAGCCACCAUCUCUCCGCGGGUCAGCCCCACCACAACAGCCAUCUUACAUAUAUGAUGCAUCUGGAGAGGGGUCGAUGUUGGAUGUUGAGAUGGCCCUUCACUCGAUACCAGAGGUUGACGAGCCCCCGCUGGCUGACGGAAUGUCACCGCCUCCAUCCAAACCUGCGCGAGCACCUAGUUCAUUCUCAAUAGGCGCUCUUCUUGGAAGAGGUGUCAACUUCGUCAUCCGCUUCUUCCUCGGAAUUAUUGGAAGAAUCCUACGGGUGAUCAGUGCCGUUUUCAUGCUCCUGGGCCGUAUAUUGGGUACCUCCAUGGAUGUUAUUGUACGCCGCCCCCUUGUGUGGCUGUCGGGCGUGAACGCAGGACCCUGGAUUGAUGCUGCUCGUUAUGUGGUGAUUUCCCUCGUCUUUUACCUUGCAUGGACAACACUUCGUGCUCCCCUUACCAACCUGGUUUCUUCCGGGCGCCCUCCCGCCCCCUUCAUCGCCCCCGAUGUUCCUAUCUCCAACCUCGACGAGCUUUCAGCACGCCUCCAGUCUUUGGAAAGCAUGCUCGCAGGUCUCUCGGUUGAUUAUCAACGCUCGCGCGCACAACAAGAACUUGACACCCACGGCCGGGGGGAGCUUAUCAACCGCAUCUAUGCUCUCGAAGGCCGGUUGCGUGAGGAAGCUACCCGCAUGGCCAAGGCUGAACAGAGCGCAAAGGCGUCAGCUUCUUCCACUAUGGUAGAGCUGCGCAGGGAGAUGGAGAGCCUGCGUGCUCAGCUCCACGCCGUCGAAUCUGCCCCGCGCGAGACCAUCGUCGCUGGUCCUUCGAGCGAUAAGGAGGCGCGCAACUGGCUGCGUGCUCUGGAGGACCGCGUUGGCGACGUCGAAGGCGGUAUCAAAGAGGCCAUCGAGCUCGGCAAGAACGCCGUUGCCAAGGCAAGCGAGUCGCCCUCCCCGCAACCUGGUUCCGCCGCUGCGUGGUGGACGAAGCUCGCCUCCGGGACCGGCUCCAAGGCUGGUGGCCUGACGAUCAAGUCCUCGGAUGGGCAGGACGUGAGCUCGCUCAUGAGCCAGCUCGUCGAUAACGCGAUCGCGCGGUACGGCACGCAGGACAUCCUCGCGCGGCCGGACUUUGCCCUGCACUCAGCGGGCGCGCGGGUCAUCCCAUCGCUGACGAGCUCGACGCUCGAGCUGCGCCCGCAGACGUGGCGCGGACAGGUGCUGGGUCUGCUCACGGGCAACGGGUACGAAGUCGGGCGCUCGCCGAUCACGGCGCUACACCAGGACACGCACUCGGGCAACUGCUGGCCGAUGAUGGGCACGGAGGGCACGCUCGGCGUCGCGCUCGCGUUCCCGGCGCACCUCGAUGCGUUCACGGUCGACCACGUCGCGCGGGAGGUCGCGUUCGACCUCCGCAGUGCGCCGCGCGAUAUGGAGGUCUGGGGGCUCGUCGAGGGGCGCGACAAUCUCGCGCGGUACGCGGCAUGGGUCGCGGAGAAGGAGGCGCGCAUCGCGGAGGCGCGGCAGCGCGCUGAGGACGCCGGGGAGGCGUUCAGCGAGGAGGAGGAUGUGGCUCCCGAGGACAGGCUCGAGGAGACGCCGGGCGUGCUGCGCAGGGACGUGCCGUACGUGCGCCUCGCGUCGUUCACGUACGACGUCCACGCGCCGCAGAGUAUCCAGACGUUCGCCGUGCGCGACGAAGUGCGCGCGCUGGGCAUCGACUUUGGCGUCGUGAGCCUCGUGGUGAAGAAUAACUGGGGCCGGGACGAGUUUACGUGCAUCUACCGGUUCCGCGCGCACGGCGAGCGGCUCGGUGGGAUCCCGGCUACGUUUGAGUACGAGGAGGAGGGCGAGGGCAGCGAGGCUUCGUCGUGAUGGGAUGUGAUGGAAUGGAUGUGAUAAGAAAGGAAGGAAAGUAAUGAAGUAAUGUAUAGACGGUUGGAAUUUUCCUGGAAAACUGCAACGCUACCUUUUUGUUCUCUGUUUUUUUUUUGUCUUUUUCUUGUCUUUCCCCCCUAGUUAGUUACAGUUAGUAGUUAGUCACGUAGGUCAACGAUGUAUAUAGCUCACCUUGUAUUACUCCUGGUCAUCGUGCUU